CUUGAAACCCCUCCUGUCUCACGCAAUCAUUAACCAUCUUCACACAUAGUCAUAAACCACAAAAAGCUCAAUCCAAUUCAACACCAACGCCCAACCUCCAAGCCUCAUAUUCCCAAAAUGGUCCAAACCUUAGAGAAUCCCGAGGAAGUUUUCCAGGUUAUUACGGAGAGCCCAAAGCCAGUCGUUGUACAUUACUGGGCCCCCUGGAUGGGGCCAGAGUCGCCACUCAUGCCUCUGUUCUUGGACGCCGAAGAAAGCCGAGGAGAUGAGAUUGAAUUUGUCAUUGUGGAUAGUGGAUUUAUCCAUCCCCAGCAUAGCCCAGAUGAGAUGCCCUUGACGGUUCUCUAUAGGGAGGGUGAGGAGGUAGUGACUGCUCCGUUCGAGCCCGGUGAGAUUCAAGAUCUUAUUGAUAGAGCAUAAAGGGACUGGAAUCUGGGAUGAUUUUAAUAUGCGAAGACAUUAUCAGAGCUUAUGAUUUACCUAGAAUAGUGAU